UUUUCAACUGAAAUUUCACCAGCUUCAAUUGCCAAGCCAAGUAACAAGUGUUACCCCCCUGGGUACGAUCGACAUUGCGUUUGAACCCUUGGACCAUCCCCAAACCCGUGAGAACCUCAACGGCUCCCGCGUCCUUCAUAACUUGACCCCACCGUCCCAGAUUCCCCAGACAGCGCGGUGACGACAGUUCCGUCGUUGUGCAUCAACAUUAAUACCUGUUCACCAAUUUGCCAUCUCGAACCGAAUCGCCAUGCUACUCUCAUUACGCUUCCUCAUUCUAACCAUCAGUCUCCUGGCCUGCAUGGCUGCCUCCGCCCGCGACGUCCCCUCCAACCUCCAAAACCUCUACACCAAACUACUCAAACAAAAGAAAUGCAAACACCCUUUAGUCUCAGGCUUCUACAGCACCGCCGACGGUCCCAACACCUACUCCUACUGCGGCGACCACCUCUCCGAUUUCCAGAUCCUCUACAUCCGCGGCCGUGGCCGUGGCCGACUAGCCAACAUGGACGUGGACUGCGACGGCGUGCAAGGAGGGGCUAGUGACGACGGAAGAUGUUCCGUCGGUGUGAGCGCGGAUUACCAGUCGACGACGGCCUUUCAGGACAUGGUGGCGGCGUAUAACGUUUCGGGGGUGCGGGAUCUGAACACGUAUGUGCAUCCGUACGUGGUUUUUGGGAAUGAAGUUGAGAAGAACGACAACGACAACGACAACAAGGAUUUGAGGUGGAAUGUCUUUGAUCCGAGGGCGUAUCUGGUUGAACCGCUCAGCGUGAUGGCGGUGGUGUGCGAUGGGGGCAGCAAGUUGGUGUAUGGAGUGUGGGGCGAUACGAAUGGGGAUGAUGGGGAUAAGAGCAUGGUCGGGGAGGCGAGUCUGGCGCUCGCGACGGCGUGUGGAGGGAGAGCGAUGAGUGGGAGUAAUGGGAUUGAUGAGGAGGAUGUCUUGUAUUUAGCGUUUGUGGGGUCGGAGGCGGUGCCGGGCAAGAUGGGGGCGAAGUGGGAUGCGGCCAGUUUUGAGGAGUUUGAGAGGAGCAUUGAGGGGUUGGGAGAUCAGUUGGUUCAGAGGAUUCCGGCGGAUGGGAAGGCGUCGGGGAUGGUGAGGGUGUCAUGGGGAUUGAUGAUAUGGAUGUAUGUGGCUUUGGUGGGUGGUCAUCUGGGAUUCUAUUGA